GGGGCGGGGCGCACCGCAGCGGGGCCAUGGCGGCUCCGCGGGCCGCCACGCCGGGUCCCGGCGGUGGGGCCAGGAAGCCGGAGCUGGACCUGGAGCUGGGGAGCAGCACGCAGACGUCGCACCGGCUGCUGGCCUACAGCGACGCGCUGCUCUCCAUCAUCGCCACGGUGAUGAUUUUGCCUGUGGCUCACACAAAAAUACAUCCCGAUCAGAAACUAGGUGAAAGCGUUCAGCAACUUCUUCUAACAAAAAUUGCAGUGUAUUUGAUGACCUUCUUAAUAGUCACCGUGGCCUGGGCAGCACAUGUAAGGUUGUUCCAGGUGAUAGAACUUAUAGAUGAUGUCCUUGCUCUUCUAAAUCUGGCUUGUAUGAUGAUCAUAACUUUCUUGCCAUACACAUUUUCCUUAAUGGCCUCCUUUCCAGGGGUACCUUUUGGAAUUUUCCUGUUCAGUGUCUGUGCUGUUGUCAUUGGCCUUAUACAAGCUGUGAUAGUAGUGUAUGGAUUCUAUCACCCACACUUACUGAAUCAACAGAUACAGGUGUCUGAAAAUCAGAACUUCUAUAAACGUCACAUCCUAAAGAUUAUCCUAAGAGGACCAGCUUUAUGCUUUUUAGCAGCCAUCUUUUCUUUUUUCUUUAUUCCCUUGUCUUAUUUGCUUCUUGGGCUCGUAAUUGUUUUUCCACAUCUCAGUCGAUUCAUUACAUGGUGUAAAACCAAGAUUGUAGGUCACAGAGAUGAAGAGGAGGCAAGCUAUAGCUUAGAAACCUUUAGUUUUUACCUCAGUGAGCCUCUGAGUAAGGAACGAGUAGAAGCAUUCAGUGAUGGAGUCUAUGCUAUUGUAGCAACCUUGCUCAUUUUGGAUAUAUGUGAAGACAACGUUCCUGAUCCAAGAGAAGUUGGGGAGAAGUUUCAUGGAAGCCUUCUUGAAGCGUUAAGUGAAUAUGGACCAAAUUAUCUUGCCUACUUUGGCUCUUUUGUGACAAUUGGUCUCCUGUGGUUUGUCCAUCACUCACUUUUCCUGUAUGUAACAAAAGCUACACGAUUAAUGGGACUGCUUAAUAUACUUUCGUUGGCUUUCAUUGGUGGUCUUCCGCUGGCUUACCAGCUGACCAGUGAAUUUGCAGAGAAGUCACACAAUGAAAUAGAAGCUAUUCAGGUCAGCUGUGUAAUUACUUUCUUUGCCAGCAUAUUUCAGUUUGCAAUAUGGACUACAGCCCUCCUCCACGAAAGGGAAACAUUGCAUCCUUUUGCUAGAUAUGGUGGCAAGGAGCAUGCCUUCAUGUUUGCCAAACUGGCUCUCUACCCUUGUGUGAGCCUUGGAGCCUUCUUUCUAACAUGCUUGUUAAGUGAAUUUAGCACAGAAAUUUUCCAUCUUAUGCAGAUUGUAAUCCCGUUUGCUUUUCUUGCCUUGCGCAUUUUUGUUAGGAUUUCUUUAACUGUCAUAAAGUCUGUGAUGUCUCUUUCCAGACGGAAGGUUGUAUUGUUAGAAGAAGAGGAGGCAUGUUUGUCUCCUACUGAAACGCACUCAUAAAUUUCCAUGCAGUGCAUGUGAAAUUAAAACAUUAAUUUCAGUUCUUCUAACUCAUGUUGUCUUGAUGUGUGAUCUGUAUAUUGAUCUAAAUUCAAGCCUGUGUUGGCCAUUACUGGAGCAUAUUUUAAUUUUAGCUGGUCAUGCUUAUAACCCUUUCUGCAAAACCAGUAAUUUGGGGGGGAGGGAGGAAAGACUAAGUGGGGAAAACAGAAAGCAUGUUCCCCUACCUUGAAAAUUACUCUUUUGAGAAGAAAAAAAUGCUGCUUGAAGUGUAACUGCAGUGAUAAUCACUGAAAGCGUGCACAGAUACCCAGGGAAAUGCCCUUUCUCUGAUGUGCAGUAGUCAGUAUGGAAACCAAACACAGGUAUAGGAGCUGAUUAUGCUGCUAUAAAAUAGGAAGCGAGGCUUAGCAGAUGUGAUGGACACCUGGUUUUCUGGAAGGUAUAUAAUAGGACAUAACAGCACAUUUGUGUAUACAGACUGCUGGUCUCUGCUCUCACCCCUUUUUUCUAAAGUCAACAGCAUCUCUUCUCAAUAGCCAGUGAUCAUUUUGAAAGCUCCUCUUGAACAGUUUUGAACGUCUCUUAGAGAGUGAAUUGAAUUGUGUAUGCAGUCCCCCAGGCUGCAUGAACAAAAGUUCAGUUACAUUCUUUUUAAAAAUGAUGUAUUCAAAAUAUGAGGAUUCGUGGCUACACAUGCAGGACUUGAACUAGCUUUGAUGUCUCCUAGGGAAGAAAUUUGAAGAGCUGUGAGACUAAGUAAAUUCGUCUUCAGUUCUCAAACAGCUCUACAUCUGAAAUGAAGGGUUUGGAUUUCUCAGGCUUUCAGUAUCUGUUAUCAUGCCAUAGAAAGGAACCUCCUUUUGUUCAUGUGAAAGCGUGAUACUGUAUUCUGAUAGAAUGUGAGACUUUCUUGACAUCUAUAAGAAUUCUCCAAUGGGAAAGGGAGUUGAGUUGGUCUUUCACAAGAGGCUAGAUAAGCAAUAGUGAAACUCAUAAUGAACUAACUGGUAGAAGUUCUAGUCCACUGGACAUUGGUAUUUUUAAAGUUUAUGUGUUGAUGCUCAAACUUUUCCCUGUUCAAGAAGGAGAAGGCAAAUUCAUCUAGUCUCUGGCUACCCUCUGGAAGGCUUUAUGUUUCUUUUUGGUAGAGGCAUUAGUUUGUACUUUGAACUUAGUGCCUGAUAACCUUAAUGCCAUGUUUAAAAGCAUUUGGUGGAUUUUGGUGUUCCUCUUAAAAAGGAGCAACAAAAACAACAAUAGAAAAAAAACCAACAAAGUGCUACAGUAAAUAAUGCUUGGAAUAAUUAUUAUUGAAAACAAAUACCUACUUUCAGUUGAGAUCACUCUGAAAGCAUUUUUUGCUUUUGGUUUGGAGCGUCUUGGUAUUAUAUGCUUACUGUAAGAUAUACCUUCAGAUAUGCAGGAGUUUUAUACCUGGUUGAGGCUAAAUGACUUGCAGUACGAUUCUGUGAUGUGUUAUGUAUUGCUGUUUUUUUUCUGAUAACUAAUAAAAGCACUUUGGUUCUGUAUGAUUUUGUUUCUAUGGUUCAGUUGGCACAUAGGCAGUGAAUAUGUGUAUUGGUAAUAAAUUUCAAUCACUGAAGAAAAUA